AGAAUGGGAAAACCGAGUUUACAUGGCGGGUUUGUGCUGCCACGAGUUGGUCGGUUACCUUUCUGAAAGAAACACAGGUCGGCGUCGCUGGCAAUCCAUUACGAAAAAAAUCAACCAAUCAGAGGCCUACAACUCAGCUUAAAAGACUUUUCAAAAUCCUGAUCCCUUCACUAUACCGUUGAAGACUUCAAAUCCGCGUUCGCGUGUAACUAAUCUCUCUCUUAUAUAAAGCCCGUACGGUACCUUUACUUGUCUAAUUCUCUCUCUCGUGAUCCUGGGUCGCCUCUAACAAAAGGGCAGAAUCAUCGUUCUCUGCAGCUCUAAAUUUUGUCAAUCAAUAAUUUUCGUAUAUCCAAAAGAAAAUGGCUCGCACGAAGCAAACUGCUCGCAAAUCAACGGGAGGAAAGGCUCCAAGGAAGCAGCUAGCCACAAAGGCUGCAAGGAAGUCUGCUCCAACGACUGGUGGAGUUAAGAAGCCUCAUCGUUACCGCCCUGGAACUGUGGCUCUCCGUGAAAUCAGAAAGUAUCAAAAAAGCACUGAGCUUUUGAUCCGCAAGUUGCCCUUCCAGCGCCUGGUUCGUGAAAUAGCUCAAGAUUUCAAGACUGAUUUGAGGUUCCAGAGCCAUGCGGUGCUGGCACUUCAGGAGGCUGCAGAGGCCUAUUUGGUGGGUUUGUUCGAGGAUACCAAUCUCUGCGCUAUUCAUGCCAAGCGGGUAACUAUAAUGCCCAAGGACAUUCAGCUGGCUAGGCGUAUCCGUGGUGAACGUGCCUAGAUGUUUUUUCACUUGCCUUGGCUUAUUAGGUUAGGGAAUGGAGUUCCUUUUCUCGCUUGGCUGCUUUAUAGAAUUUCGAAGUUAGAUAAGGAGUUGAAAAUCUUAUUGAUAUCAUUAGAAUUUUUAUGAAAUUUAUCUCUCUGGAUGAUCUUCAAAACUCCCAAUGCCAAUAUUUUUCAACUCUUCUUCCACAAGAUUAGAGAUUUCAUAUUUUUAUUAGAAAGAUAUUUCCUAAAUCAGUAUCCUAUUUACUAUGUUGGGAAAUUCUGAGGUCUUUCCCUUGUUUGUAAUCAUCUCUCACCUAACGGCUGCUUGUUUCUUGUUAACAAACGGAAAGAAUUGUUUUUA